AAUUAUCAUAAAACAAAAAGGUGGUUUUACACUGUGCAAAGUUCGAUCGCAUACCAUAAUGGCACUAGCGCUAUGCACAAAUACCUAAAUAGCUGAACGGAGCAUCCUGGUAAGCAGUUGUGGUGAUUGACAUCCAAUUUGAGGUGCUUUUCCGUGGGCUUUAUUCAGACCGGAAACAACAGUGUUUCAAUUUAACAAGUGCUCUCCUGCAGAGAUCCUCUUACUCUCCCGAGACCAUGGGAAACGUUAUAACAACAGUACAGAAAGCUCAGAACUAACCCUAUUUGACAGAGUUUUAGCUUCAUGAAAGGAUUUAAAGAGCGGAGAUGCGGUUGUGUCAGAAGAGUUUGGCAGUUUGAUUUGGUGUGCCCCAUUUCAUCAAGAGACGGUAUCACUGUAAACCUAACUGUGUAAAAUAAUAUAUUAAUAUGUACUGAAAGCACUAAUGCAAUGUAUGAAUGCAAAACGGUGAAUUAAAUUUUGAAAGACUUGUUUGUCCUCCCCACAGGUGUCAUUGUAGCUAUCCACAAAGUAUGUAUACUUAGCACUGCAUCUCACUGCACUCAAGGCUACUGCAUAUAUUUCUCAUUUUUUCCAAACAUAAACCUCUGAGAAUAAAGGAUAAUUCCACCAAGUGGAAUAAACACAGAAAUACAAAGAGUGUGUGAAGCCUGAUACUUUUCUUAUGGUUGUUCUGAUUUAGCUUGAAACUGUCAAUGUGCUUAAAAACUAAACUGUGUUUAAUUGUAGUGUUUUAUACUAUUGUAAAAUGUAGAUGAAUGCAUUAUUAUCUUUGUAUUAUUAUUAAGACAUUGUUUAUUGACACCACUAGGUUGCAGCUAGCGACCCACAGCAGAGAUUGGGACCCUAACCUCACCACCAAAGGUGUUUAGUGAGGCUACUAGUCUGACCACCCCCUCCUAUACACAGUCUUAUGCUGGACCAGCUGUAACAAAAGCCACACUCAGGGAAACACACCACCAGCCUUACUCCCCAUGUGCAGGUUACCUUGUCCUGCUCCUGACACUAAUGUAGCGACUCCAUCAGGGUCAGUAACCUUAAUGACAUCACCGAUAGCCCAAAACCACAGGGCCACCUGCCCCCCGAUGUCUUCAGUGCAGAGAACCUCAUGUUUAUGAUAAUGAAGGAGAGAUUAUAACUGCAACGGAGUUACCAUAAGAAAGCAUGCAACUGUUUUUACUUCAGUGAUGUCUGUCAAUAUGUUUUAUUUUGCUGUUUGGCUUUUUUAACUUAAGGAACUAUAAUGCAGCUGACAGGAGGGCCUCAUCCGUGUUUUGGAAGACUGGAAUUCCAGCAUCUAAGCUCAUGGUACACAGUGUGUGAUCCUGACUUUGACCUGCAUGAUGCAAAGGUCGUGUGUCGGCAGCUGGGCUGUGGGAUCCCUGUGGAGGAGCCCAGGGGGGCUGCAUUUGGGAAGGGGGGCGGGCAGGUGUGGUCAAAGAAGAUUAACUGCACAGGGGAUGAAUCUGAUUUUGGUCAGUGUUUGAGAUCCUCCACAGAGGAACAGAACUGCAACCAUGACACUGACGUGGGACUGAAGUGCUUCUGGUACACAGACUCCAGGCUGGUGGGCGGCCCUGACUCCUGCUCUGGGAGGGUGGAGCUGCAGUACCUCAGUGAGUGGGGGACAGUGUAUGAUGCAUCCUGGGAUAUGAGAGCAGCCAGUGUCCUCUGUAGGCAGCUGCAGUGUGGGAGCGCUGUGGCAGUGCCAGGACAGGCCUGGUUUGGAGAGGGGAGGGGCCGCAUCUGGGCUGAUGUGUUUGAGUGCCAGGGGAAUGAGACACACCUCUCCCAGUGUGCUGUGUCCUCAUGGAGUCGAGCUGCAUGCUCUCAUGGACGGGAUGCAGGACUCAUCUGUAAUGGGUCUAAAUCUCUCUCAGCUCUCAAUGGGACAGUACGACUGUCUGGAGAUAGUGGCUGUGAGGGUCAGGUGGAGGUUUACUACCAGCUGACCUGGAGCAGAGUUCUCAUGGACUCCUGGAGCUUCAGGGAGGCCUCUGUGGUCUGCAGGCAGCUGGGCUGUGGCUCUGCAGUGAGGCUGUACAGCUCCUCCCUGUCUGGGACAGGGGACAGUGAUGUGUGUCUGACAGGGUAUCAGUGCUCUGGGAGUGAAUCUCACCUGGUGAACUGCAGUGAUCAACAGACACUGAGCUGCAACUUUGGUACACAGAUGUCCAUAGAGUGUUCCAAUCACAGGUCCAUCAGGCUGGUGGGUGAUGCUGGGGGCUGUGCAGGGAGGCUGGAGGUGCUCCACCAGGGCUCCUGGGGGACAGUGUGUGGAGACUCCUGGGACCUGAAGGAUGCUCAGGUGGUGUGCAGACAGCUCCAGUGUGGGACGGCUCUCCGUGACCCAGUGCCCACCUUCUUUGGACCAGGAACUGGAUUCAUCUGGCUGGAUGAGGUGGACUGUGAGGGGAAUGAGACGUCUCUGUGGGACUGUCCUUCAGCACCGAGGGGACAGAAUGACUGUGUCCAUAAAGAGGAUGUAGGAGUUGUGUGUUCAGAAUAUAAGGAAAUCAAGUUGGCUGAUGGUUGCUGUGGGCAGUUGGAGGUUUUCUACAAUGGCACCUGGGGAAAUGUGUGCGUCAAUCAAAUGGACACAAACACAGUCAGCCUGAUAUGUCAACAUCUCAACUGUGGAAAGAGUGGGACUGUUUCUAACUCAUGGUCUCGGCUGAAAGGAGCUCCGAACUGGCUUGAUAACCUGAAAUGUCGCCCACAUGACUCCACACUGUGGCAGUGCCCGUCCUCUAACUGGGGAAACUAUAACUGUGAUGAAGGUGAAGUGGCUCAGAUCACCUGUGAUGGCCACCUACCCCUGAGACUGCGGGGGGGCAGUAGCGAGUGCUCAGGGAGGGUGGAGCUGUGGCAUGACGACUCCUGGGGGACGGUCUGUGACGACUCCUGGGACCUGAGAGAUGCCCAGGUGGUCUGCAGACAGCUGGGCUGUGGGACAGCACUGGAGGCUCAUGGGAACUCUGCCUUUGGACGAGGAACUGGCACCAUUUGGCUGAAUGAGGUGAACUGCAGGGGUGAUGAGCUCCACCUGUGGGACUGUCCUCACUCUCUUCAGGACCAGAGGAACUGCAGCCACAAGGAGGAUGCUGGUGUUACCUGUGCAGGUUCAUCGCUGCUUAAGGCCAAAACAGGGAUUCCAGCAACAUCUACAACAACAAAAAAUGUUCCUCUUCCAGUUGUACUCUUCUCAAAAGGCCCAUCCAUUCCUUUUGUGGUCUUCCUGGUACUGGGAUCCCUUCUCUUCCUGCUGCUGGUGAUAACAGCUGUCCAGCUGUACCAGAACAGACUGCUGAAGAGAGCUCUGUACCAGGAGGGUCUCACCCCUUUGCGUGACACCAUUUAUGAGGAGAUAGAGUACAAUCUGACCAGGGGGGAGACCUACAGAGCCCUUCACAAGGGAAGUGUCCUCUCUGAGGAGCUGCCCUCUGGGUAUGAAGAUGUGGAGGACAGUAAAGGAGACCCUCUCUCAGAGAAAUCAGAGAGAGAAGUGAAGGACGGUGAUGAUGAUGCUGUCAUUACUGAAAAGAUUGCUGAUAAUCUAUCAGGGGAUCUGGUGAUAAAAGACACACCAGCAGAUUAUGAUGAUGCUGGGUCUAUUGGGCAGGACUCAGGACAUUUCUUUGGUUCAGGGUUGAUGGUGACAGGAGAGACACCAGAGGACUAUGAUGAUGUUGAGGGUAUAGAGCAGAGUCCACAUGUUUUACCAGGUGAGAGAGCCUUGACCACACUGCCCCCUGGGGACGGCCCCCCUGAACCCGACCAGACUGACUAUGAUGAUGUGGGGGAGGAGGGACUGAUAGUCCUGCAUGAGGAAGCUCCUGUCCAAAGGUUCACAUAAAAGGGGCAAAACAGCUUAAUAUUUUAUACAGAGACUUUCACUAGUUCAGUUUUUCUAAAUUCAUCUGUCUUUUUAAAAAGGCCAUGUCUUUGUAUUGUUAUUCAUGAUAAAUGAAAUAAACAUAUAUUAAAUUCAAAUCUUUUGAAUUUGAGUACAAGCAUACCUAAAAUCGAGUAAGACUGACAAGGAGAAGUAGUUGGAUCUGUCAAUCUGUAGUAAUUAUUGACUGAUUAAUAUCUUAUCCCUGAAAGAAUGAGUAAGACAGGGAGGUACAGCAUGGACCAGACUCCAGGCACUCAGAUGUACACACAUUCACUCACUCACACACUAAAAGAAUCUUAGAGCUGAUUAACUUGAAUAUUUCAGAUAACAUUUUUUAAGGUCUCAAUGUAUUUGUUUACAAUAAAGGCAAUUUAAUAAUAUGCUCUUUUGUAUUAAUUUAAACACAAUUUAUGUCAAAACUUCUGUCCGCCUGUAAAAUUUAUCUUCAAAAUGUUUACUGUCUUCAACAAACCACAUAAAUAUUUAUCAUUAGCACUUACAACAUCAUUACGGCAAUUAGACAUUGUGUAUUUGUGCCUCAUUUUUAAAGCCUUAAAUACCUGUAAAUCUUAAUAGAAGUAGUUUGGGUUACCUGAUUACUGUCCUGUGUUCACUAUGCUAGUCAGACAUUUUUAUUUAUUUUAAUAGGAUGCUCAUAUAUUAAUUUAAACAAUUUAUGUCACAACUUUUGUGUACAAGUUUUGUUUGUGGCAUUUUCUGCUUUAAUAU